GACGGCGCCAUGACAACUUUUCUUUGACUCCAUUUUCCUUCUUCCUCCAUAUUUUCCUCUCUGCAAUUUUCAGAAGCAGAGUGAGAGAGAGAGAGACAUUGUUUCUCUGUGAGAUAUAUACAUAGAUACAGAAAGAGAAUGAGAGCUAGGUCUUCGGCAACAAUGGGGGUCUCUCUGAGCUUGUUUUCAUUACUUUCAACAAUGGUGCUUCUUCUAGCUCUGCUUGUGAGCGCAGAGAAUGAAAAGCUUGUAAAUUCAAGGUUCGUCGGAACAGAGGAGUUACAGAGCUCCAAGAAUUCAUCAAUGGCAGACUGGUCUGACGAGGCUUUGAAUGAGCAUGCAGUGGAUAAUCCAGAUGAGAUUGCCUCUAUGGUUGAAAUGAGCAUUCGGAAUAGCACGGAGAGGAGAAAUUUGGGAUAUUUUUCAUGCGCAACGGGGAACCCAGUUGAUGAUUGUUGGAGAUGUGACCCCCAUUGGCAACUCCACCGCAAGCGCCUAGCCAACUGCGGCAUUGGGUUCGGGCGCAAUGCUGUGGGCGGCCGUGACGGCAAGUACUACGUCGUGAACAACCCUCGCGAUGACGACCCGAUCAACCCUAGGCCCGGAACCCUCCGCCACGCGGUCAUCCAAGACCAGCCGUUGUGGAUUGUGUUCAAGCGUGACAUGGUGAUCACGCUAAAGCAAGAACUCAUCAUGAACAGCUUCAAGACCAUUGAUGGGCGUGGGGUCAAUGUCCACAUUGCAUAUGGCGCCUGCAUCACCGUUCAAUUCAUAACCAACGUCAUCAUCCACGGGCUGCACAUCCACGAUUGCAAGCCCACAGGAAAUGCCAUGGUCCGGAGCUCACCGAGUCAUUAUGGAUGGAGGACAAUUGCUGAUGGGGAUGGGAUUUCCAUUUUUGGGUCCAGCCACAUUUGGAUAGACCAUAAUUCUCUCUCCAAUUGUGCUGAUGGGCUUAUUGAUGCUAUAAUGGGCUCAACUGCAAUUACCAUCUCCAACAAUUACUUUACCCACCAUAAUGAGGUUAUGUUAUUGGGUCACAGUGACUCUUACACAAGGGACAAGCUAAUGCAAGUGACCAUUGCCUACAAUCAUUUUGGUGAGGGGCUAAUUCAAAGGAUGCCAAGGUGUCGGCACGGGUAUUUCCAUGUGGUGAACAAUGACUACACACACUGGGAAAUGUAUGCCAUCGGUGGAAGUGCUGAACCCACCAUUAAUAGCCAGGGCAACAGAUAUCUGGCUCCCAACAAUGCCUUUGCCAAGGAGGUGACACAUAGAGUUGAAACAAAUAACAACUGGAAGCACUGGAACUGGAGAUCAGAAGGAGACCUGCUGCUCAAUGGAGCCUAUUUCAUUGCAUCAGGAGCUGGAGCUGCAGGCAGCUAUGCCAGGGCCUCAAGCUUAGGGGCCAAGUCAUCUUCCAUGGUUGGCACCAUCACAGCUGGUGCUGGUGUUCUUAGUUGCAGGAGGGGUUACCAAUGUUAAUUAUCAAUCCCAUGAAAAAGAAACAGAAAAAAAGAAGGAAGAAACAAGAAAAGAAGGAAGAAAAGAAAUUAUUACUCAUUCUUUCUUCCUUUAAUUAUUGGUGAGUUUGCAGCCAUUAUGUUUACAUCCCUCCCCCACCCUAUUUGUCCCCCAAUCCAAUAUUUGAAAAAGUGUACAUUUUUUUUCUUCUCUAUUCUAGUGAUCACAUUUCUACCUUUUUGUACUCUGUUUUCUUUGGUCCAUAUAAAUGAACUUUAGUCAAUUAAUGUGUGAUGCA